GAACGUCAAGGAUGAAGAUUCUCCUCCUGACCCGGUCCGAGCCUUGGUUCUGCUGUUCUACAAACCUCCAGUUGAUCCUGAGUCAAAACACCAGAUUAAUGUAUUGAUGCUGCCAAAAAACGUUGUUCUCAGAACUGUACUGCAAUUUAGGAAGAAAUUAGGUGAUCAUGAAAUGUUCCUGGAGGCUACAAACUGCAAACUGCAGCUGAAUCAGCUUUACUCUCUGUCUGUUUCUCCUGGAGGUGAUUCUGUUCAGGUUCAGCCCACAGAAGCAGAGCCUGAUGAGUUUUAUGAAUAUUACUUUUCAUCCUACCAGGUAUCAGUAAAUGUAUCCAUCGGACAUGUUACCCUGAGUUUAGUGGAGUUUAGCAACUCCUGCUGUGUUUGGAAACGAGAUGUUUGUCUUUUCCCUGCUAAAGCAAAAAGUUUCUCUUCAAGCAAGACGUUGAAGAAAAUAGGAAACGCCAUCACUGAUAGGAAGUCAGGAGCAGAAAUCAAUCCUCAAGGAGCUGAAUGUAAUUUUUCUGCUGCUUCUUCCUCAGAUUAUCUACCAGAUCACCAUACAAAAAUUAAUCAAGGCCAGAAAUGGUCAUCAGAUUCCCUUGGUGAAUCCAGUCUGAUCAGUUUAUUCCAUCGAAAACAAAGGAAAAAGGAAAGACAAACCCUAACUGAAGCACAGGGAAAAACUGCUAAGGUUAGGCGAACAAUAUUUAACAUUCAACCAAACUCAAAUAGAAAAAUAGAAGAAAGGGUUGAAGAGCAUCAAAAUAAAUUAAUAGAUCAAAGAAAAAAGUCUUUUAACAUAAACUUCCCAAGACCAGACUUGCCUCCACGGCUCAUGCCCAGGUAUGAAUCUGAGACCUCACCUCUUCAUACAAAUAGAGCAGAAUCUAUUUGUAUGAUUCAUUCUUUAGGUCAGAAUAAUGAAUUAUACUCACAAUCAUACCCAAUCUCGUCACACUUUUCUUUUGAGCCUUCAAAUUUAUAUCCCAAGGGGAUUUAUAUUCCCUUGAGCCGUCUAAAGAAGGAUCCUGAUGAAUCAAAGAACGACCUCGAGUUCACUUACCCUGAAACAUUGCUUUUAGGUGCAAUCUCUGCUGAAACUAUCAACCAAAGAUUUUUUUCGUUAACUGAGGAACAUGAAGCAGAUGCUGAACAAAUCUUUCGAGAUGAAUCGGUGUCCGAUCUGCUUGAUUUCUCUUCACCCUUCAACACUCGGCUCAGCAACGUAUCACUAUCAACUGUAAGCCGUCCAUCCACUGCAGGUACGUCUUCGCCAAUACUCGACUUCUCUCCUUCUCAUCAAGAUGAAUUACAAAGUCUGUAUGUGGGACCUUCCAGGACAGUUAGGCAGAUAUCAGGGGUUUUUAAUAUCCCCACCUUAAUCCCAAUAAGUCAAAACGUUUCCGCAGAAAGGCCUCCAGAACUUCUUGACAUGCAACAGCCUUGCUUACAAGAUACAGCAGAAAACUACCAAGAUGAAAUAAUGGAGUGGGUUGGACAUGGACAUGUGAUUGACUCCGUCCCAAACAGAUCAACCCAUAUUGACAUUCCCCACACUUCAGGAUCUGUUUUGAGAAGAAGCCGCAGUAACUCGUCUCCUCUCAGCUGUUCUUUGAUUCGUCAGGAUCCUCCUUUAGAUGACAGUAUCUUACCUCGAGCUGCUAGCUUACCCAACAUGAAGCUCCAAAGCAGCUUUGAGGAGAUUACUCCUGGUUUCUGUGGAGAUCCAGAUGAUGAAACCUACUGGUUCCAGUGCUCCAGUCCAGGCCUGUACCAGUGCAGAGUGAGCGGGUUUUCUGCUUUUGGGAACGUCAAGGAUGAAGAUUCUCCUCCUGACCCGGUCCGAGCCUUGGUUCUGCUGUUCUACAAACCUCCAGCUGAUCCUGAGUCAGAACACGAGAUUAAUGUGUUGAUGCUGCCAAAAAACGUUGUUCUGAACAAUGUGCUGCGUUUCAGGAAGAAAUUAGAUGAUAAUGAGAUUUUCCUGGAGACGCCUCCAAAUUGCAAACUGCAGCCGAAUCAGCUUUACUCUCUGUCUGUCUCUCCCAGAAUCGACUCGGUUCUGGUUCAGCCCACAGAAGCAGAAUUUGAUGCAGAAUCCUAUGAAAACUACGUCCCAACGUUCCAGGUGGUUUAUGAGGAAAUGAUGAAACACAUCAUACUGUCUCUGAGGGACAGCAGCUCCAGUAUUGUCUGGGACAGACGAGCUCGUCUUUCUUCUGCCAGAGUCAGAAGAUCCUGUGGACCGACCCGACAGAACCUCAGUCCAAAGGAGAAACUGAUGGAGAUAAGGAUCGACUUCAUAGAUGGGGUAUCAGGCCCAGUUCUGCAGAGUUUGAUGGAUAAUCUGCUGAAGGAAAAAGUCAUCAAUGAUUCUGAGAGGGAGGCAGUGGAGGCAGAGAGAACCAGAGGAGACAAAGCUCGAGUUUUAAUCGACACGGUGAGGAGAAAAGGUGAUGAUGCAAGUUCAAAGAUGAUCUGCUUCCUCUGUGAUCUCGACCGCCGCUUCUCUGAAUCUUUGGGGCUGAUGUGAGGAAAAAUCAGGCAGAAUGUAAAAACUGAUGUUGAGAGUUAAUUUUCCUGCUAAAAUGUGAAAAUAUUGAACCUUUAGUGAAGCUUCAUGGCUUGUUUUGAUAAAAAAUUAGGUUAAACUUUGCAGAGGUUAGUGAUACCUGCAGAAAGGACUGAGCUGAAUAUUACUGAGAUGGAAGUGAAGAAAUCAUCAGUCAAACCUGAUGGUUUGUUUCUGUGGUGCAGCAAACAUGAAGCGUCACAUUUUAAAGAAACUGAUCUGUAAAGGAGGAUCUGUCCUUCAAAAGUAUAAUAACUGAAAACACACAACCUUAGAAUGUAUGAAAUCGUGUGUCCAGGAUGUGUGGGGUCUGCAGUGAUAUU